AUGAAGCAAAUCUCCCAAGAAUUUUUCAAUGACAGUGUACAGACCAAUAUGGAGCUUCUAGAUUUGACCUUAGAUGAAGCUAUCGAGGAAACUGUCAAUACAUUUCUCAUUGAGGGUGUUGAUUUGUCAAAUAUUAUAAAAGAUAUGCUUAAAUACACAGAAGGCCAUCCUGGUGAAGCUUUGAUAAAGCAACUGAAAAACACUUCGUUACGCGACCCGGACUUUGUCUCUAUCCUCGAUUCACUGAUAGCUAUAAGCAUGCGAGAUUUAGCGCAUCGAAAAUUGCUGAUAUCGGAAUACGUGCACGUUUUUGAUCUCAUCGGAAACGUUGUCAAUGGCCAACCUCAAGUUCUGAAUACUGAUAUUCGUAGCGAGUAUUUUACUGAAAUCUUGCAUUUGCUCGAACGACAUCUGGCACAUUCACAGGGCUUCCUGACAGAUCCCAAACAAGUGCAAUUAAUGCGUUCCAUAUACUCCAUGCUUCGGUCGUGCUGUCUGGAAAACGAGAUCAACCGUCGGCGUAUUGCCGAAACCACCAUCAUUCAGGACAUGAUCAACAUGCUGGUCUCACUCGAACUAUCUAACAGCAAUCCAAUUAUGAAUGAUUUGUGCCAGUUACUCCACGAUUGUUGCGCAUUCAUACGCAGUAUGACCUUGGAUGACGAUAUGAGCGUCGAAUUUGGCGAGGGUUCAGUGACNGCGAGGAAUAUUGCCUCUGACAAGGCAGUUCUUCUCUCAUUUGUCAAACUGGCCAACGACGCAGUUAAACUUGAUAACAUGGAACCAGUUGGCGAUUUGUUCAUCACCCUUUCAGCAAUUCUCACUCGAGAUGAAUUCUGUUGUCAACUUGCUGAUUUUGGUGCAACCGACUUGGUGCUCAACGUUCUGCUAAACCAUAUGCACAACUCCCUGAUUAACGCUGUAGCAUUUGACACAGUUAUGAUGGUCGAGGAUCAAGAAUUGCAGGUCAAGCCAUCCAAAUGUGGUGCUGCAUUUGAUACCAUUGCGACGUCAAUUACGUCUGCUUGUUUGGGACUGCUCCGUACUUUGUGUGGUUCAGACACAUGCAAGCGACUGGCUGGAAGUUGGACUUCCACGAACUCCGGUGAUGCCCCGAUCACUUGUCCCCAGUUAAUUAUGAACGCGAUGGAGCGAUACAUAAAGAAUCCGGUUAUAGUUAAACAAGCCAGCUCGGCCAUGGCAGCGAUUACGUUGCGUCAACCGGAGUUUGCAGAGCGCUUUGUUUCUUGUGGUGCCCCGGAGUUUCUUUCCAAGGCGUUACAACUUCACAUAUCCAACGCUGGGUGCGUGCGGGCAGUGUGCAUGGCCAUCAGGAACUGUGUAUCGAGAUCACCGGAACUGAGAACCGCUUUCGUAGGCAGCAGUUGUAUCACAAAUGUGGACACAGCUGUUGUGGCUCCCNNNCGGGAUCCAUACGAGUUGGAAUCAAUGUUGAAUUCCGUGUUGCGAAGUCGCGAUUGUGCCGAUGAGGCAAAGGCUGCGCUGCGUGAUCUCGGAUGCAAAGUUGAAUUGAAAGAGUUGUGGCGAGGCGGUGUGACCACAAAUAAAGUAUCUUCUGCUAACCAGUCAUCCAUAUAG